CAACUGUUUACAGAAAUGAAAGCUGCCAACAUCAAGGAGUUUCUGCGCUCUUUCACGAAAUUCCCUCACGUGGCCGGAACGGAGCAGAAUCUUCACCUGGCAAAGGAGAUCCAAGCUCAGUGGAAGAACUUCGGCCUGGAUACAGCCAAGCUUGUUCACUACGACGUCCUGCUUUCCUACCCAAAUGAAAGCGCCCCCAACUAUGUGUCCAUUACAGAUGAGCACGGGAAUGAGAUUUUCAACACGUCGCUCUUUGAGGCCCCUCCUCCAGGAUAUGAAAACAUUUCUGGGGUGUUGCCACCAUAUAACGCUUUUUCACCGCAAGGCGUGUUAACGGCAGAUCUGGUGUAUGUGAAUUAUGGACGCACCGAAGACUUUUUCAAGUUGAAGCGAGAGAUGGGAAUCAACUGCACGGGGAAGAUUGUCAUUGCCCGAUAUGGGAAGAUCUUCAGGGGAAAUAAAGUUAAAAAUGCCAUGUUAGCUGGAGCUAAAGGGAUUAUACUUUACUCAGACCCUGCUGAUUAUUGUGCCCCCGGAGUGAAUCCCUAUCCAGAUGGGUGGAACCUUCCCGGAGGAGGAGUCCAGCGUGGGAAUGUAUUAAAUUUAAAUGGUGCGGGAGAUCCUCUGACUCCAGGGUACCCAGCAAAAGAGUACACCUUCAGGUAUGAGGUCGACGAUGGAGUCGGGAUUCCCAGAAUCCCAGUUCAUCCCAUUGGUUACCAUGAUGCGGAAAUACUGUUACGUUUCAUGGGAGGCGCUGCAGCCCCAGACGAGACCUGGAAAGGAAAUCUCAACGUGUCCUACAACAUUGGACCUGGAUUUGCAGGCAGUCACUCUACAAGGAAAGUGAGAAUGCACGUCCACACCAUCAGUAAGCUCACACGCAUCUACAACGUGAUCGGGACCAUCAAAGGAGCAGAGGAACGUGACAGAUAUAUUAUUUUCGGAGGCCAUAGGGAUUCUUGGGUAUUUGGCGGCAUCGACCCGACCACGGGGGCAGCCGUUCUGCAAGAGGUUGCCCGGAGCUUUGGCAAGAUGGCGAUGAGAGGUUGGAGGCCUAGAAGAACGAUCAUUUUUGCCAGCUGGGAUGCGGAAGAAUUUGGAUUACUAGGAUCCACAGAGUGGGCAGAGGAGAAUGCCAAAAUUCUGCAUGCCCGGGCCGUCGCUUACAUCAACACGGACUCUUCUAUAGAGGGCAACUACACAUUAAGAGUCGACUGCUCGCCCCUUCUCAACCAGCUGGUCUACCGUCUGACCAAAGAGCUCUCAAGCCCUGAUGAAGGGUAUGAAAGCAAAUCCCUCUACGAGAGCUGGCUCGAAAAGGACCCUUCCCCAGAAAACCCGCAUCUCCCCAGAAUAAACAAGCUGGGAUCGGGCAGCGAUUUCGAAGCGUACUUCCAGCGGCUGGGGAUCACGUCCGUCAGAGCCCGCUACACUAAGAACAGGCCUCUGGCUCUCUACAGUUUGGCCCAGAAACACGAGACUGAACUUGUGACUUACAAAGUAUCUUUUGAUGCCCUUUUUUCCUCCGUGGCUAAUUUCACAGCAGCUGCAGCAGAUUUUCACCAACGGCUGUCACAGCUUGAUACGAACAAUCUCCUGGCCGUGCGGAGUGUCAAUGAUCAGCUGAUGCUUCUUGAGAGAGCUUUCACUGACCCACUGGGCUUGCCGGGCAGGCAGUUUUACAGAUUUGAGAUCCCUAGCAGUCACAACAAGUAUGCCGGCGUCUCCUUCCCUGGGAUCUACGACGCAAUGUUUGACAUCGCGAGCAAGGAGGACCAGCGGAAAGCAUGGCAGGAGGUCAAGAGGCAAAUCUCCAGCGCCGCCUUCACGGUGCAGGCUGCCGCCGGGACGCUGACAGCCACAGCGUAG